AUGCCGGCAUCCACCCCCCCCCCCCCCCCGAUUGGGGGAUCACUGCCCGGAAGGGCGCAGGGGGGUUUGCUCCCUCCAAGUGAACACACCACUGCGCCCCCGGUGCAGCCCGCCUCCCAUUCCCACCAAGCAAGCCCUGCACCUUCAUUGUACGGGCGCUCGGCUGCGGGGGUCGGGUCGCCCGCCACGGACCGGCAGGCGGAGAGCCAGCGAUCUCGCUCGGGGAGCUGCGAGUUGCCGAUGAGGACCACGGAGCCGUAG